CUUCUCCUUCCCCUGCAUCUUCACCUUCACCCCUUCACACCAUCCCAUAAACUAAAAAUAAUGGGUGACGCUGCCAGCCUGCAGGUGCCCUUCUUCACCUUCCCUCCCCAACAGCCCGGGGAACCUUCCACUCGCAAUUGGUAUCAAGAACUUCUGGACCAUCCGGAAUGUGCCAACAAUCCCGCCAAGAUACAAGAAGCCUACGAAUCCUUCCGAACCGCAAGCCUAGAGCGAUCGAUUGGCCUGCUCCGCCCGAGUGGACGAGAUGACAGCACUGGCGACCGUAAUAGUAGCCAUCUUGGCCCACCAGCAUCGCAGCGCAUCACGCUCGACGAAGCGCUCAUCCGCUACCUCAAGCUGCAGACCGACGAGACGGACGGAGCCCAGGAGAUCGAGCAGCUGAGCCAGCAAGAUGUGAAUUGCCUGGUCAUCUGGACGCGUCCCGACCCACCGAUCAUGCGCCUGCUCCUCGAUAUCCAGCGCCGGUUGUCGCGAUUCGUAGGGCCUGACCUCCAUCUCACCCCACCUGCAUCCCUCCAUCUCUCCAUCAUCGAGCUCUCCCACCGCCACCCGAUCGCCCACCUCCGCGAGGUCUACGCCCACAUCGGCGAGCCGCAACUCAAGGAGCUCCUCGACACCCCCCGCAGCGAGUACCACCGAGAACAGCGGCACAUCGCCCGCCUCGUCAAGCCGAAACUCCUCUUCGACAAGCUAGGCGUGGCGAUCAGUUUCGUCCCUGCCGCUGCGGACGACGACGACGACGACGACAACGAGAGCCCGUACACGUAUCAUCAUCUCCGGAACCAGCUGCAUACGAGGGCGCUGACCACCGGAGUGAGCAUCGAUACGUGUUAUACGGCGCCGAUUGCGCACGUCACGCUCGGUCGGUUUGUGGGCACUGCUUGUUUCCAAGGGGAGGAGGCGGGGGUCGGUGAUGGCCCGGGCAAGGCGGAAGAGCAAGAGAGGAGGGCGAUGGAGCGGUGGGUGGGCCUGAUCAUGGAGAUCAAUGAGGAGUUGGAACGGGAGUGCUGGGGGCAGGUGAUCUGGGAUGUCGGGCGGCGGACGGCGUUGGAGAUUCAGUUGGGGUAUAUCAAGUUCGGACGCGGGGUGGAGGAGGCGGAAUUGGUUGGGGUGCCGAUCGAGGCGUGAUGCUUGGAAAUUAGCUUAGAGUUGAAUGGCUGGAGGGGAGGGCAAGAUGCGAUGCAUUCGGGUUAGAAUCCAUGGUUAGAGUAGGGGUGACAUAGAGGUGCAUUUUGUCAUUAGAUGGGACGAUGUGCGAUUGAUACAUCGCUCUGACAAUCAC